GUCUUCCGGAGAGGGCGCCCGGGCCGAGAGGCGGCGCGCGCGGGGAGAUGCCCCGUGGCGUCCGCGCUGGUGGACUCAAGAGGAAGAGGAACUGGGCUAUACAGUACCUGUCCUUCCCGGACGAGGGGCCGCUGCAGAGCAGGGGAGCAGGUGUGAGGGCAGCAGGAGGAGUCGCUGCCACAGUCUCAGAAUCCUGGCGCAGGUGUGGCGAAGGCUUCCAGGACACCGCCGGCACUCCGUCAUUGACAGCUGAAAAGAAGAUCAUUACAGAGAAGUAUCUUGAAUUAUCCCCUCAUCUUGAGGAAGCACCUGCCACUUCUAAGAGUACUAGUGGACUUACUGAUAUAACUUGGAGUUCCAGUGGAAGUGAUCUGUCAGAGGAGGAUAAGAUAAUUUCUGAGUCACAGAGUGAUAAUGGACAUGGCUCUGGAACAUACAGGCUUUGUGGCAGGAAUACUUUAUGUCCAGAAGAUCAGACUAGUGAAGAUGAAUUUAUUGACUGGGAGCGCGACAGUGACAGGGAAGACGCUGGUGAGUGUAAUGACUUUGUAGAUGGCAAGGGUACGGUGGAUAUCUCAGACAGUGCUUCCAGUGCGAGUAGCCCUUCUUCGACGAGUGAUGACAGGCUGGCUGAGCUCCCAAAGCAAAGUUCUGCAGAAAUUUUGGAAUAUUCCUCAGAUAGUGGAAAAGAAGAUGAAUUGGAGAACACACUGUCCAUUGAUGCAGAGUCUCCCCACAAACAGCAGCUCGAUUUGGGAUCAGCAAAAUCACCAGCACCUGUCUUAAGUACACCCCAGAGACAGACAGCUAAAUUUUUCAAGACAUCAGAAAAUUCAGCAAGGAAGAAAUUUUUAAGAGGUGGGCUUGCAGAAAGACUAAAUGGACUGCAAAAUCGAGAGAGAUCUACCAUUUCUUUGUGGAGACAUCAGCAUGUUCCUUACCAAAGAACACUUUCAGGUGGGCAAUCUAGUGUAUUAAUUGUGAAAAUUCUGGAGCUGCAUGAGGAAUGUACCAUCCAGGUUGCUCUGUGUCAGCAGUUAGGAGGGCCACCAACUGCCAGCCCCUCCCAAGGUGUGGCAUCCGGGCCUGGAGCCAAUUUGAAGGUUCUGUUCACCAAGGAGACUGCAGGAUACCUCAGGGGGCGUCCCCAGGACAUCAUCCACAUCUUCCCUCCCUGGCAAAAACUGACCGUCCCAAAUGGAAGUUGCCCUAUUAUUCUGAAUACUUACUUUUGUCAGAAAGUUGUUCCCAAAGAAGAUUCAGAAAAAGUUCAAGAAAUGCACUGUCUAGACACAGUACCUCCAAGGAGAAACAUCACUUUGGUCCAAAUGUAUAAAAUUAGGAAUCUGACAAGUAAUUCACCUGAAAUACAGGUUAUGUGUAGUGAUGUUGACCCUCUGGGUACAGGCUGGACUCAUGGGUAUAAAGAAGCAAAGCAGCACCUCACAUUCUGUGCCUCAUCAAGAGAUUCUCUCCUGGACAUGGUGGAAAGCCAAGGAACCUCCCUGUCAUCAGGAAUGCCCGUCCGAGUGGUGGUACAGAGAGUUUAUGCUCUUCAUGGCAGGGACAGCACGUGGACCCAGCAGGGGAGCAGCUCAGGGCACACAGACCUUGCUGGAGCUCGGGUUUGCCUUCUGGUGCAAGAUGCCUAUGGAAUGUUCGGUGAAGUGCACUUGGAUGGUACCCUUUUGAAGGACAGACAAUUGGAAGGGAAGUCUUGCAGCCUGGCAGGAAUGAAGGUUCUGCAGAAGACCACCAGAGCAAGGACAGCAGGGCUCUUCAGUCUAAUCGACAGCCUGUGGCCUCCGGCAAUGCCGCUGAAAGCCCCUGGCCAUGGCCAGCCCUAUGAGGAGCAGGUAAAGACUCAUCUGCCUCCCCCCACCUUCUGUUACAUCCUCACGGGGCAUCCCAAUCUGGGACAAAUUGACGUCAUCAAAGACGACUCCCUAUCUAGGCUGUAUCAGCCUCCUGUUCCCCACUGCUUACGAGAGAUUCUACAGACCAACAACCUGGGUUCCCGUUGCACUUUCUAUGCCAGAGUGAUCUAUCAAAGACCACAGCUGAAGAGCCUGCUUCUUCUGGAGCAAAGGGAGAUUUGGCUGCUGGUAACAGAUAUCACCCUGCAAGCAACAGAUGAGAGAGACCCCCACGUUCCCAAAACCCUGCCAGUGUGCGUGGCACCUUCCUGUGUGCUGGGCCCAGAGGUCCUAGAAGCACUUACAGCGGCUGCCCCUCCCAACCUGCUCUUCAGGGACGCUCUCCAAGACCAGGGUCGGAUUGUCUGCGUCGAACGGACUGUGCUCCAGCUUCAGCAGCCCCUUCUCUGUGUGGCCUCUGGCGCUGCUUCCUGUGAACUGUCAGGCCCCGUGGUGCUCGAUGAAUUGGACGGCCUCACACCUGUCAACUCCAUUUGCAGUGUCCAAGGCACUGUGACCGCUGUAGACGAGAGCACCGCUUUCUCAUGGCCUGUGUGUGACAGGUGUGGCAAUGGGCGAUUGGAACAGAGGCCAGAGAAUGGAGGCACCCUCUCUUGUGGUGACUGUUCCCGAGUGGUCACAUCACCUGUCCUCAGGAUGCACCUGCAGGUCUUCUUGGACUGCCCCUCAAGACCGCAAUGCAGAGUCAAAGUCAAGCUGUUGCAGAGUAGCAUCUCGUCCCUGCUGAGCUCAGCCACCUGCGAGGAUGGGAGUUAUGAAGUGAAGAGUGUCCUCGGAAGGGAGCUGAGGUUGGCGAGCUGCUUCGUGCAGUCCAUCACCGCCCACCCGGCCAGCUGCGUAGGACUGGAGGAAAUCGAGCUUCGGAGCGCGGGAGGCACCUGGGCGGAGCCCCCGCCCCUGCCCCAGGCUCUGUGAACUUUGCAAUGGGGCCGCAAGGGCGGCAGCGACCGUGGAGGUGGCUAGAGAUGGUUAUUUGUUAACUAUGGACACAGCGAAUGUACUUUAUGAUCUUGACACCAAACUGAAGUGGUUUUUUUUCCUGUUAGUAAAAUGGUUUUGUAAACUAUAAAUUAAAAUACCUUUUCUUGCAA